ACCUGAUAUCAUUCCAUAUAAAAUAGAUAGAGAUCAUUAGUUAAUAGAGGACAGACGAUAUCAGAAACAGCUGUGAACAUACGGCAAGAGCUAACUGAAUCUCCUUUCAUUACAAUGGAGUAUCUGAAGUAUCUGAUGCUGAUAUUUCUCAUCAAUGACACAAGAAAAGCUGUAGAAGCACAGGGCUGUGGUGUUUCCUCACUGAGCACUGGUAUUGUGGGAGGUGAGAAUGCAUCUGCAGGGAACUGGCCUUGGCAUGUCAGUCUACACUUUUUUAACUAUUACAUCUGUGGAGGAUCCCUCAUCAGCCACGAAUGGGUGCUCACUGCGGCUCACUGUGUUUCCUUCUUACCCUCAGCCAGAUACUGGACUGUUUAUCUGGGUAGACAGAGCCAAAACAUUUCAGUCUCUAACCCAAACGAGGUGAGUCGAAGAGUCCGAUCCAUCAUUAUACAUCCAGACUACGACUCGUAUCAAUUCACUAAUGACAUCGCUUUGCUGAGAUUGAGUGUGCCAGUGAACUUUACCAGCUACAUCAGCCCAAUCUGCCUGGCUGCUAAUGAUAGUGUCUUUCACAACGGCACCACCUGCUGGUCCACUGGAUGGAGAAGAACUGGCUUUGUAGGCGCCGAGUCCAGUUCUGGAACUCUACAGGAAGUGAAGGUAAAUGUGGUGGGGAAUAAGGAGUGUGACUGCAGGUUUCAAGACAUCCCAUUUUUGGACAUACCAAUCACUCCGACAGUGAUCUGUGCUGGAGGAGAGACAGGCACAGGAACAUGUUUUGUAAGUUGCAAUAGUUCCCACAACAAUGUUGAAUUCUUGAUUGUGAUUGAUUGUGACACUUUUGAAAGGGGUUUUCUUUCUUUCACUCAUAGCUGAAAGAUGCUGAGAUGUGACUGCCUCCAUAACCUGCCAAUAAACAAACAGUGCAAAGUUACGAGAAGAUUUUAUUAACCAAAUGAAUUAUAUUCAUUAUCUUUAGGAAUAAAGUCAUGCAUUUUAUGCAAGGAGUUAGGCAUUUCAAACAGGCAAAAAGACAGAUGUGCCACUCGUUU